ACGAGCCUCCGUUGCUUCCCAACGCUCCUCUGUUUUCCUCUGCCUCUCAUGGAGGCCUCCAUGCUCAAGCCCUCGGUGCUGCUCCCUCCGGCGAGGGGAGGUCCGUCCACGACGCGGGGGCGGGGGCGGGGCUGCGUCGUCGCCGGCGCUGGCGCCGGCGGCCGCGGCAGCAAGAACCUCGAGACACGGCGGCCGGAAGGGAGCGAGCCGGCCAGAGGAGCCCACGGCCAUGUCCUACCCCUGGCGGCGGCAACGGCGGCGGCGGCCGUGAGCAGCAGCGCCGCCGCCAUGCCGUGCCACGCCGCGACCGCCCCGGCGGCGCACGGGCCAUCGCUGUCCUACUACUACAGGGCGGCGGCGGUGCUGGGGGAGCUGGACCCGGCGACGGCGAAGGUGGUGAUCGGGGUGGCGGGGCCGGCGCUGUCGGCGGUGGGGUUCCUGUUCGUGGCGCGGAUCGUCAUGUCGUGGUACCCGAGGCUGCCGGUCACCAAGUUCCCCUACGUGGUGGCCUACGCGCCGACGGAGCCCAUCCUCGCCGCCACCCGCCGGGUGAUCCCGCCGCUGGGCGGCGUCGACGUCACGCCGGUGGUCUGGUUCGGCCUCGUCAGCUUCCUCAGCGAGAUCCUCGUCGGGCCCCAGGGCCUCCUCGUCCUCCUCUCCCAGCAAGUCUCCCCCUCUUAGCUUAGUCAUCAUCUUUUAUACUCUCUUGUCAGUGUAAUAUAUGAGCUUAUUAUGGGUGUGGACGAAUUUUCGACAUUCGAAAUUUUGCCGAAAUUUAUCAAAAACAGUCUUUUCAACUCC